AUGCUAUUGUACUCACCAGAUGGUAGCUUUAAUCCAUCAACUCAAUCUGCUAACUAUGUAAUCAGAUAUUUCGGUCAACGUGAUAUUCUUCAAAUUGAUUUUUCAUGUCAUAUUGUAUCAUAUGCAUUUAACAUAAAGGAUUUCUAUGUUAAAAUGCUGACAUUAGGUUCUUUUUCAUCAACAAAUCCAAGUAUCAAUUUUCAACAACAACCAAUCACAUUCGAAUCAGUUUUCGUAUAUAAUUAUAAGUCAGUAACCAAUCCACCAGAAAUGAAACGAAUUUAUAUUUCGAAAUCACAAGCAUAUUCUAAAAUGCCUCAAGUAAAUGAAGUUUUCAUAUUUGAAAGCUCUUCAUCGUCAUCAUCAUCUAAUUCUGGCACAGUUGAAACACAAAAUCUGGAAAUUUCAAUUACUUCUAGUACAACAGUUUUAGGAUUUACAGAUAGUAUUAUACAAAUUCGUGGAUAUUUCUCUUCUAUUUCUUAUAUAACCAAGGUUGUUUUUGAGGGAAGUAAUGUAAUUAACUUUAAUUCAGGCUUAUUUGCUGACUCAGCUGUAACGAAUAUAGAUUUCACAAACAGGAGAUAUUCUUUUACUGAACCAUUCCUUCUUCAAAUUCCUCAUUUUGUCCAUGUUGAAAUUCCUCAAUUCAUGACAGCUAUUCCAGAUAAACUUUAUGAUCAGGCAAUUGGAAAUCAGACGAUAACAAUCAGAGAUAAUAUUGACACAAUUGGAUCAAGAUCUUUUUAUUCAUGCCGAGGAAUUGAAGUUGUUAGAUUGCCAAGUUCAGUUAAAACAAUAAAAUCACUGGCGUUCGCGCUAUGUAUUGAUUUGAAAAAGAUUAAUUUUGACUCAGUAACAUCUGUAGAAAAUUAUGCAUUCAGUCGAUGCAAUUCACUUGAAAGUAUUACAUUCAUUAGCAAUGUGACACUAGGUGAACGUAUCUUUCUUUUCUGUGAAAAAAUUAAGUAUGUAACAUUUAACGGUCCAAACAGUCAAUUCAAUGGAAAAGGCAUUUUCGAUGGAUGUGUUAAAUUAUCUAGUAUAACUCUUGCAGACAGAAUUACAUCCCUCGGUAAAGAAAUGUUUUCACAGUGUCACAGUGUGACUUCUAUCUCCUUACCAGAUUCAAUUUCAGUUCUUUCUGAAAGAUGUCUUCACAAUACAUCCAUAGAAACAUUUAAGAUUCCUAACUCAGUUGUCAGCAUUGGCUUCUUUGGAGUCAUAAAGACAUUGAAGAGAAUAUACAUCGAAAGUGCAUCAAAACUUGCUGAGAUAAGGCCAGAUACAUUCGGUUGGGUUAACUGUCAGAGCGUGAUUGAACUGACUUUCCCUAACAUUCAACAUAUAGAAUUGAUAAGUAACAACAAUUUUGUUAAAUCUGAUGGAUAUUUGUAUACAAAAGACUAUAAAACAUUGAUUGUUUGUCUUCCAGAAAAUGAUCAAGAAUCAACAAUAAUCUCACCUCUUACGGAAACUAUACAGUCAUUUGCUUUCUUUAACAGACAUAAUUUACAAAAUCUUGUUUUCCCUGAUUCGCAAAUCACAAUUAUCUCAGAAUACUCUUUCUAUAAUAUGACUUCAUUGAAAAAUGUCAAGUUACCCAUUGAUGUUUGGGUGAACUAUAGCACUUUUAUUUUAUGCAAUAACAUUGUUCGCUUUUGCUAUGUUAAUACUAACCAAAGUUAUAUCACAUAUGUUACAAAUUCCGGAACUCCAGCGUCAUCUAUUGGCUAUGACUGCUCAAAUACUCCUUCUGUUGACCCACCUGAUCUCCUUCCAAGAACUGCAUUUCCAACAGCAUUUGCUACGGCAGAGCAAACAUUUGCACCAACAGCUAUUCCGAAGGAUUCAAGAUAUCCUAAGCAUGGAACAUUAGAAGUUCAGGAGAAAACAGUAGAUCCAUUUAAGCUGAUGGUAGCAGCAGUGUAUUAUAUGUAA